AGAUAAACAAUGAGAGUGCCGUGAUCAAGAUCGGUGCCGCCAACCAGUUGCACUUAGUCGCUUCUGCUCUUGGGCCCCAGAAGACGAUCAACGAACUGAUGCCCUACAUGACGCAGGUGGUUAAAGAGGAGCCUCUGUGCAACGACGAGGAAUUUCUUUACACCAUGGCCAAGCAGUAUGCGGUGCUAUCCGACUACAUCACUGGCCAUGAGGAGCUCCUCAUCGCACCUCUCGAGCACCUCGCAGCACAGGAGGAGACGGUCAUCAGGCAGGAGGAGCACCUGGUGCCCGCAGUGCACCGGCUGGCCACGAAGAUCGAGUUCUUCACGGCGCGCGUGUCGGCCUGCGCGCUCUUGCCGACCGCCUGCAGGCACGCCAACGAGGACCAGAGGUCCGGCCUCCGGGAGGCCUACGGCAGCCUCUGCGUGGACGACACGCCGAUGGUGCGGCGCGCCGCGGCCCACAGGAUGCACGACCUCAUGUCCGUCUGCGAGAAGCAGGCCAUCCUCGGCGACAUGAUCCGAAUCUACAAGCAGCUCUCCCAAGAGGACACCCAGGACACGAUCCGCGUCUCGUGCGUCCACGCCACUCUGGUGAUCGCCCAGAAGUGCAGCCCAGAAGAGAACAUGCAGCACACGAUCCCUGUCAUCGAGGACGCGGCCGAGGACCGCUCGUGGCGCGUGCGCCUGACGGUCGCGAAGAAUUUCGACCAGCCUCCGAUGAUAUCGGCCCUUGGGCCCGAGAUCACGGCCACCCAUCUCAUGGCUCCGCUCCUCCAGCUCUUGAAGGACAGCGAGCAGGAGGUGCGCAUGGAAGCCGUGCGCGUGGUGGAGCAGUGCCUGCUACUGCCGCGCCCUCUCACCAGUGACCAGCUGCAGCAGCACAUCUUGCCUCAGUUCCAGACUCUAGGCAUCGACUCCGCGCAGCCCGUGCGCGCGGCGCUUGCGCAGGUGCUCGGACCAGUCGCCAAGGCGCUCGGGCGCGACGUCACCCAGCGACAGCUCCUCAGCCUCAUCUCUGGCCUCAUGAAGGACGAGUUCCACGAAGUACGCCUCAACAUCACCUCGCACGCCGCUCUGCUCUGCGAGGUUCUGAGCGUGGACGGGACUCCACCGUCACUCCUCGACACGAUCCAGAACCUCAUGGUGGACAACCACUGGCGCAUCCGCCAGAGAGUCGUGGAGCAGGUCCCAGUGCUUACGAAGCUAUUCGGCGUCAAAGUGUUCCAGACGAAGCUCGAAACCUUGUACUUGUCAAGUCUUCGCGACUCUGUACACUCAGUGCGCGAGGCCGCAGUGCAGUACCUCAAGGGUAUUGCUGACACACUCGGAUCACAGUGGACUGUGGAACAUUUGUUGCCCAAGCUGGUAGAGCAGUAUUCUCAGAGCACAGGCUAUGCGAAUCGUAUCACAACGCUCCACGUGCUACCGCAGGUGUCUGGCGUAAUGACUCCGGAGCAGAUCAUGCAGUUCAUUGUCCCGGUUUUGGUCAAAGCCACCAGGGACAGCGUCCCCAAUGUCCGUUUCUGCGCAUGCCGAAACAUCAUGUGGAUGCUGGAGCACCACAAUCUCGGAACAGUGGCCCUCAACACCGUGAUCAAGCCUGCGCUUCUCGAGCUCCAGCACGAUUCCGACAUCGACGUGCAGUAUUUUGCGCAGCGGGCCCUCGCUGCGGGCGGGCCUUAG